AUGGGACAAAUGAUACGGGAUGAUGGCGGCAAUGCAGCGACUCUCUGCCUUCGCAACACGUUGGCUUCCGGAGCCGCGCGCCCCAUUGCCCCAUGUCGUGAUACUGGCCCGCAGCGGCUGCAUCCCCAUCCGGCUAGCCCUGCCAAGACUGCCAUGGCGUCAAACGAGGGCAGCUGGCAUGCGAGGGGCUAUGACUAUGGCGCCAACUUCACCAUCAACUUCUGUGGGCCCGUCGUAGAGGAGCUGGACGAAGUGCAGGACCUCGACAAGGCGCUGUGGAAGAAUGUCAGCGCAUUUUACGAGAAGGGCAGCAAGCAAUGGGCCAUUGGCCUCGAGAGCUCAGAGCCCAUUUUCCGUGGUCGCAAACUCAUUCUCAACUACACGGGCGGGUCGCUUUGCCCCUCCUCGUCCUCAAAGUCCAAGCGCGCGCUCGCCCCCGUCUCGCUCGACACCCGCGAGAUCAUCGACGGCGAUGACGACGACAAGGGCAAGGGAGACAAGGACAAGGACAAGAAAAAGAAGGAACCCGAGCGCCGCAAGACGACCGUCAUCUCGCUGCUCUGCGACUCGGAUCCGCUGGCCAAAACAUCCAUAUCCUUCGUCGCCGCGGUGGACGAAUGCGCGUACUUUUUCGAAGGCCGCUCACCUUUUGCGUGCGGCGGCGUGCACCAGGAGGCCCAGGCGCUGAGUCCCGGGGGAGUCUUCGGCGUAAUGGUGACGAUUGCGGUGCUGGUCUAUUUUGCGGGUGGAUGUGUCUACCAGCGCACCGUCAUGCACCAGCGCGGAUGGCGCCAGCUGCCCAACUAUGCCAUGUGGGCAGGCAUCUGGCGCUUCUUUACGGACAUGUUCGUCAUCCUCACCUCUUCCUGCGCCCGCUUCAUGCCCUCCCGCCGGGGCUACAGCCGCGUAUCGCUGGGCCAGGACAAUGCGCGGAGGGGACGGCGAAACGAGGACGAGGACAGGCUGAUAGACAACCUAGACGAGGAGUGGGAUGAUUAGAUGCAUGGAUACGACAUGUGGCGUCAUAUGGCGUUUGUGGUCUUGGUUUGUUGGCAUUUGUUCGCUCUGGAGCGCACUUGUCUUGGGCGAAAAGAGCAGGCGAGUUUGCCAUGCUUCUGCAGUACAUCGCAUCACGUCGCGCGCCACUCAUGUUUUGUGCUAUUCUGGUAGAAAACUGCAUUAUCGUUUACUGUACAUUGGACAGAGCUGAAUAAGAAAC